AUGGUGUUCACUGAUAGCAGUGAUGAUGAAGACUUGGAUGUUGGCCGCCCUAAAUUCAAGGUCUCAGUCAAGAACCAACCCUCUCAGAGACGACUUUCCGAAACCAUUGAUCUAGAUCCGGCAUCCGCCACAGAGUCCAUCGUGUCCGAUAUAUCAAUCUCAUCCGCCAGAAAGAGAAAGCGCAGUCCCUUCGACAGUACCGCGCCUGCUGAGCGGUUGGCCUGGGACGAUUCAGAGUUCAGCGAUAAUGAAGACGAGAUACGAGAGAAACACAAGCAGAAAAAGUCUGUUGGCAGGAGGAAAGCUCAAGCCUCCACACGUAAUGCCAGAGCGAUCGACAGCAAAGUCAAUGGCCCUUCCAGAUCGAGACCCGCUGGUGCAACCACUGGAGUUGGGCGACAAGCCACCAAGAGAAAACAAUUCAAGGUCAAAGAAUAUGGCGACGAAUCAAAUCCUGAUGAAGAUUUAAUGGAGUGGACAACGCCGGAGUAUGUUAGAAAUCGUCGGAAAAAGUUCGACGAACGCGCUGAAAAACUUACAAUCGGUGGUCUGCAUCUUCCUCCCUCAUAUGACGACGUUUACUUCUCCGAUGACGAACAAGUUCAGACUCUGAAAGAACGCCCGGACUUUCCUGCGACCAGAGCCUCUAAUCCGUACGCCGAUAUCCAACUCCCUUACUCUCUUGGGAUCAUACCGGCUUCGAUCGCUCAGUUUCUCCGAGAAUAUCAAGUCGCUGGUACAGCAUUCUUGCAUGAACUAUUUGUCUAUCAAAAAGGAGGCAUCCUUGGUGAUGAUAUGGGGCUGGGAAAGACAGUACAAGUCAUCGCUUUUCUUACUGCCGCCUACGGGAAGACUGGAGAUAUUCGUGACAAAAAGAGAAUGAGGAAGAUGCGCAAGGCUGGGAAGUGGUAUCCCCGGACCCUCAUUCUUUGCCCUGGCACUCUGAUGGAAAACUGGAAAGACGAACUUCGACGAUGGGGCUGGUGGCACACGGAACUCUACCAUGGAGGUGUCAAAGCGAGACGUGAGGCUUUUGAAAUGGCCAAGGCUGGUAUGUUGGAGGUCAUGAUCACUACCUACCAGACAUAUCGAACAAACAAGGGAGAAAUCAACACAAUCCAAUGGGAUUGUAUAGUGGCCGACGAGUGUCAUAAUUUCAAAGAAAUGAAAUCGGAUACAGCCAAGUCAAUGAACGAGCUCAACGCUCUUUGCCGUAUCGGCCUCACAGGUACUGCAAUCCAAAACAAAUACGAAGAAUUCUGGACAUUACUCAAUUGGACUAAUCCUGGAAAACUCGGCCCAAUCUCCACCUGGAAAAUCGCGGUUUGUGAGCCAUUGAAGCUAGGGCAGAGCCACAAUGCCACCAACUACCAAUUGGCACGAGCUCGCAAAACCGCGAAAAGCCUUAGAGACAAUCUGCUUCCGCAAUUCUUCAUUAGGCGAACCAAAAUGAUUAUCAAGGAUCAACUGCCGAGGAAAAGCGACCGUGUUGUCUUUUCGCCUCUGACUGACACACAAGCGAAAGCCUACCAAAACUUUCUUGAAAGUGAGAUUGUUCAAGCUAUCAAGAAUAGUGGUGAAAUCUGUGAUUGUGGAAGCCAGAAAAAGGCCGGCUGGUGCUGCCAUAGCCUUCUUGAAGAUGGUACGCCAUGGCAGAAGCAUGUUUUUCCAGCGAUAAACAAGCUUCAUCACUUGUCGAACCAUUUAGCUCUUUUAAUCCCCAAGAGUGAUGACGCUACAGAUAAACAGGCCAAAGAUCUUCAGAUGCUAGAGACCGCCAUGCCAGAUGAAUGGGCUGAACUUUACCGCAACCGAGAUCACAUCUCAGUGACUGGUAACCCUGAGUUCUGCGGAAAGUGGAGAAUAUUGCAAAAGCUCCUCAAGUACUGGCACGAUCAAGGUGACAACAAAGUCUUGGUGUUUUCACAUAGUGUCCGUCUCCUAAGAAUGUUGAAAAAUCUCUUCAUCAGUACUCAAUACAAUGUCACUUACCUCGACGGAAGCAUGUCAUAUGAGGAUCGUUAUGCAGCGGUCAAUGAGUUCAACACAUGCCCCAGACAGUUUGUCUUCCUUAUCAGCACAAAAGCUGGAGGUGUCGGUCUCAAUAUCACGGCUGCCAACAAAGUUGUUGUGGUAGAUCCCAAUUGGAAUCCCAGCUAUGAUUUGCAAGCACAAGAUCGGGCAUAUCGAAUUGGGCAGCUGAGAGACGUGGAAGUAUUUCGACUGAUAAGCCAAGGCACCCUCGAGGAAAUCAUCUAUGCUCGGCAGAUAUACAAGCAGCAACAAGCGAAUAUUGGCUAUAAUGCCACCUCGGAACGACGGUACUUUCAAGGGGUACAAGAUCGUAAGGAUCAGAAAGGCGAACUGUUUGGUCUACAAAACCUUUUCGCUUUUCAGAAUGAACAUACAGUUCUUCGGGAUAUCGUCAAUAAAACGAAUAUUGCAGAGUCCAAGGCAGACGUUCGUGUCGCCGACCUUAUCCUGGAUGAAGAUGAGCGGGACCCUUCUGAUGAUGAUACCACCAACGAGCAAGAUACCCUUUACGACCCCAGCAACCGCGAUUCGACUUCAGAACGUGCUGCAAUGUCACAGCUUGAAGCAGAGAUUUUGGGUGAGGAUGAUCGGAAGAACACCCGGUCAAAAACAGCAUUCCAAUCCAACACCACUACUAUUCGCAAACAUGAUCCCAUUCAGGCGAUCCUUGCCUCGGUCGGCGUUUCUUACACGCACGAGAAUAGUGAGGUUAUUGGAUCCUCCAAGGUUGAAGCUCUUUUAUCGAAAAGAGCAGAGGAAGCCUCGGAGCCCCAUCGAAAAUGGGGAACGCAAGAGCAACUGGCCAAAGUAUUUGAGGAUGAAUCUGAAUCUCAGUCAGACGGCUUUGGUUACAGAUCAGCCAACAGCGUCAUGACUCCCAAUGGUGGUAUACGCUACAUCUAUCGCCCACCACAGUCAGUCAUGCAGCGCCAAUUUUGCAGCAUGGCUCGAUGGGCCGGUUAUCGUAACGAUGUGGUGAACUUUGCCUUGGUUGUGGAGAGCUGGACACAAGCAGAACGAAGAGAAUGCCUUGAUCGAUUCUACCAAUAUCGAAGAGAUUUGAUGGACGGCCUGAUCAAAGAGGAAGAUGUCAAGAUAAAACCUCAGGCACGAGCAGAGGUGAAAGAAGAGUUCAGCAUGAAGACCGAAGUCAAGGAAGAAGCAAAGCCCGAUGUGAAAGUGGCAGUGAGGGAUGAGGCUGAUAUUGAAACCGAAAGUGAGGAUGAAGACGAUGAGUUGUGA